AUGCCCACCAUAGCAGCAUCAUAUCCAUCGCCGAAGCAGAGCCCGGUUUCUGUUGGCGAUGUUUUCAUACCAGACCUCACUAAAGCAGAUUUAAUACAGCUUUACUUUGACCGUGUUCAUCCAAUUGCCCCCAUCUUUAACAAGUCGAAAACUUUCGGAUGGAUAAACGAUGCGAAUACCAUAAGUGAGCCUCAACAAUGUCUACAGUAUGCCAUGUUGACAUCCGCUACGGCCUUCUCAAGCCAAUUUAGCGGUCUCCAAGACGCCAUCUACGCUAAGACUCGAUUCAUGCUCGAUCAGCUGGACCUAAACGGUAGUGACUCUCCAAUUUGCCAUAUCGAGCACCUGCAGGCGUGGAUUCUUAUCACAUUCUAUGAAUUUGCUAAGACCAAUUACCGACGAGGGUGGCUUAGCGCCGGCCGAGUCUUCCGACUAGUCCAAUUUCUAAAGCUCUACGAGCUAGAUAGUCCCAGAGUCUUAGGAACAGAGUGUGAUGAUAAUGUGAUUACGCUAGAGGAAAAGAGGCGCACAUUCUGGGUCGCCUAUUGCCUUGACCGGUUCAUUAGCGUCAGCGAGGGUUCUCCUAUGACGCUGAACGAGGAAGUAGUGAGUUCCAAUGUAUUCCUUGCAGCAGUUCGGUGGAAUCUAGGAGACACUCGUGAAAAAGAAACUUAUUCUCGAUUUUGA